AUGAAGAAAUUCCGACGGGGGCAGAGGAUUUUGAUACUCUCUUUGCUGUGUAUAACUGUGUUGGCUCCUAUAGUUUUCGUUUCUGUAGGGCGGAAAGAGUUGAUUUCGGAUUUGUCAACUUUGAGAUAUAGGAGAGAUUCUGUACAGCUUAACGCCAUUGAGCAGGAAGAAGGUGAAGGUUUAAAAGAGCCGAAGCUAGUGGUGUAUGAUGAGCAGGAACUGGUUUCUAGGGUUAGUUACAGUACUUCUGAAGAGAACAAUGAUCCUAAGAAGUCUGGAAAUAUUGAAGAAAUAGAUCGAGAUUCAAAGCAAUCUGAAAGUCAUGGAAACACAUCGAUUCCUUUGGAAAGAACUAAUCAUGAAAGAAGAGAAGAAAAUCAGCAGAUUCCACAGGAAACAGUACCAUCCAGGUCAGAAGCAAAGGGGCAGUCCAAUCAAACAACAGUUCGACAUGAUCAGAAAGUGUGGCCUUCAGUCCGGAGAUAUACAGAUGAGAAGGUAAAGCAGAUGAAAGAUGAUCUGAUUAGAGCAAAGGCAUACCUGAGUAUGGCACCCCCAAACAGUAACUCUCACUUGGUAAAAGAGUUGAGACAGCGAAUCAAAGAAUCUGAACGAGCUGUUGGUGCUGCCAGUAAGGACUCAGAUUUAUCAAGGAGUGCGCUUCAGAAAAUGAGAUCCUUGGAGGUUACCUUGUCAAAAGCCAGUCAUGUUUUCCCAGACUGCUCUGCCAUGGCUUCAAAGCUCCGUGCCAUGACUUACAAUGCUGAAGAACAGGUUCGAGCGCAGAAGAAUCAAGCAACAUAUCUUGUUCAACUUGCUGGAAGGACUACACCAAAAGGCCUUCACUGCCUUUCUAUGCGGUUGACCGCUGAAUAUUUUGCCUUACCUCCUGACGAAAGACAGCUCCCUAACCAACAAAGAGUGCAGGAUCCAGAUCUCUAUCACUAUGCUGUUUUCUCUGAUAAUGUUCUAGCCUGUGCUGUGGUUGUCAAUUCCACUGUCUCUGCUGCCAUGGAGCCAGAGAAAAUUGUUUUUCACAUAGUGACUGAUUCUCUCAAUCUCCCAGCAAUCUCAAUGUGGUUCUUAUUGAAUCCUCCUGGCAAAGCUUUGAUUCAGAUCCAAAGCAUAGUUGAUUUCGAAGGGUUGUCCACCAAUUACAAUUCAACAUUGAAGCAACAAAAUUCCCAUGACUCAAGAUAUACUUCUGCACUGAACCAUCUUCGUUUCUAUCUACCAGAAGUCUUCCCACAGCUGAAUAAGAUUGUGCUGUUUGACCAUGAUGUGGUAGUGCAAAAGGAUCUAGCUGGCCUUUGGAGUCUUAAUAUGAAUGGAAAAGUAAUUGGAGCAGUGGACACUUGCCAUGAAGGUGAACCUUCAUUUCGCCGGAUGGAUAUGUUGAUCAAUUUCUCAGAUCCAUUUGUGAUUAAGAAGUUUGAUGUCAAGGCAUGCACAUGGGCUUUUGGAAUGAAUUUGUUUGAUCUUCAAGAGUGGAGGAGACAUAAAUUAACUGCUCUCUACAAUAAAUACUUGCAACUGGGAUACAGAAGGCAAUUGUGGAAGGCGGGUAGCUUGCCUUUAGGUUGGGCUACUUUCUACAACAGGAUGGUUAUUCUGGACAGGAGAUGGCAUAGAGUUGGGCUUGGCUACAAGAAGGGUGUUGAACAGGGUGAUAUUGAGCAGGCAGCGGUAUUACACUAUGAUGGAGUCAUGAAACCAUGGCUAGAUAUUGGCAUUGGGAAGUACAGGCGUUACUGGAGCAAACAUAUCAACUACGACAAUCCCUACUUACAACAGUGCAAUAUCCACGAGUAA